AUGUCUAAACUAUUCAUUGGCGGCCUGGCAUGGCACACCACCGACCAGACUCUUAGUGAUGGUUUCUCCAAGUAUGGCACGGUCGAGGAAGCUGUCGUCGUCAAAGACCAUGACACCCACCGCAGUCGCGGAUUCGGAUUCGUCCGCUUCAGCACGGAUGAUGAAGCGAAUGCCGCGAUGGAUGCCAUGAACAACCAAGAAUUUGACGGCCGUACUAUCCGCGUCGACAAGGCCUCUGAGCGGUCUGCUCCUCGCAACAAUGGCGGCGGCUACCAUGGCCGUGGCGGAUACAACCAGCGCGAAGGAAACGGAUAUAGUAAUGGGGGCGGUUACCGUGGAAGAAAUGAAGGUGGAGCGUACGGUGGCGGUGGUAAGCGAUCCAUUUUCCCUGUCCCCUUUCUCUAA